CUGCUGAAUUUAAAGGAAGAGUGAAGGCAGACAAGGGUGGUGGUGGUGGUGGUGGGGGCUGCAAAAAAAGGGACGCGCACAUGCAGCCGAGUCCGGCUUUGCGCAUGGAGAGCGCAGCGCGCCGGGAUGAAAGGCGUCCUCACCGGAGAACCUGGACCGACUUCACCUGGAACGAUCCUGCAAGACACGGCUCAUAGAUGAGAACAGCUCCGGGGAGGGACGCUCUCCGUCGGACUAGGAGCCCGUCAGCCCGCGGCGACCAUGUCGGACAACUCCACCGGUCUUAACAACGACACGCUGCCGACGGCCGCGGUCACGGUCACGCACUACAAUUUCCCCGCGCUCAUAUUCGGGGUUUUGCUGAUUGUGGUCGUCACGGGCGGAAACGUGCUCGUGUGUCUCAGCGUUUACCUGGAGAAGGCUUUAAAGACGACGACGAACUACUUCAUAGUGAGUCUGGCGUUCGCGGACCUGCUGCUGGCGGUGCUGGUCCUGCCGCUCUUCGUUUACGCAGAGUUCCAGGGUGGUGUUUGGUCCUUGAACAUGCCCAUGUGCGAUGGCCUGAUGACCAUGGAUGUGAUGCUGUGCACCGCAUCCAUAUUCAACCUCUGUGCCAUCAGCGUGGACAGGUUCAUUGCCGUGUCCAUCCCUCUGAACUACAACCGUAAACAUGUGGACCACCGCCAGCUGAUCCUGCUGUCUGCCACCUGGCUGCUGGCCUUAGCGGUGGCCUCGCCGGUCAUCUUCGGCAUCAACAACGUGCCCAACCGUGACCCCAGCGAGUGCAAACUGGAGGACAACAACUACGUGGUCUACUCCUCCGUCUGCUCCUUCUUCAUCCCCUGCCCCAUCAUGGUGCUGCUCUACCUGGGGAUUUUCCGGGGGCUGCGGCACUGGGAGGAGACGCGAAAGGCCAAGCUACGCAGCAGCAUCGAGGCGUGCAGGAAGCUGCAGCACGCCGCCGUCGCCACCGCCCUCCCGCCGCUGACGGGCACCAUCCCCGGACCGCUGCCCAUGCCGCUGCCCCGGAUCAUCGAGAGGGACCUGGCCCAGUCUCGGAUGGACGACACGGGGGACUACACCCAGCAGGAGAUCCCUUACCCUCGGCAGUACAGAGAGAACUCGGUGCCCACGGUGACGUUCACUCAGCAGCGGCACUUGAAGAAACGAGCGAAGAUCAACAGCCGGGAGAGGAAAGCGAUGAGGGUGCUGCCCGUCGUGGUCGGCUGCUUCCUGUUCUGCUGGACGCCGUUCUUCGUGGUCCACACGAUGCGAGCCUUGUGCCUGACGUGCGACAUCCCCAACAGCCUGAUGAGCACCGUCACCUGGCUGGGCUACGUCAACAGCGCCCUCAACCCCAUCAUCUACACCAUCUUCAACACCGAAUUCAAGAAGUUCUUCAAGAAGUGUUUCCGCAGCUGCUGCUGACGACGCCGACGCCGACGGUGGACUUCCCAAUGCAAUGACUCCGAACAGAGGGUGGAUUUACGGCUCCGGGUUGGGAAGUUUAAAUACAUUGACUCUGCACGAAAAGAAGAUGGUUGAUGGUAUCAACAAGGUUUUUAAAAAGCAAUCAUUGACGUUAUUAGUGUAAUUUCUGGGUGCAUUUUGUCCUUCGAUGAUCCCUGAGGACUUCAGCCCAGAAACAGUGAUGGUGUUUCGCUGGAAAGCUGCAGGAAAACAGUGAAGCACAAGACUCUGAAUCGAAGGAAGCUUUCAGUUUGUCCAUAAAGCACUUGUUCUUAUUUUCUCUUUGCUGUCUAUCAGCCUUGGCUGAAUGGUUAUGGUCGGCUGGCUCCCAGAGAAGGAAGCAGGGAUUUGUACAGAGCUUGAGAGAAGCGUGACUUCCUGAACAGAUAAUCUCAGUUCAGGAAAAAAAAAGUCUGAUCAGAAUAACAAGCAGCUUCAUGACCAAAAACUUGUUAAAAAAUAUAAAUUUAAGUGCAGGUUCCUUAAAUAAAGAAGUAGAAGCUAAUUGAUACGCCGCCUCUCGGCCAGCUGGGACAGAAUACUUUUAUUUAACCAAACGUUUGAAUGCAGUACACUUCCUGAUUUUCUUUUCACGCUUACAAACUCUGCCGGACUUUGGGCUCAUAAAUAUUUGCCAUUUGGCAAAAAAUCCAUCUGGAACCAUGAAUGAACAGCACUGAACUCAUCGUGGCUAUUUAAAGGGCAGGUCCAUCUCAUUUAUUUUCUAUUUUCUAGUUUCAAAAUAAAGUAUUUGUUUGCAGACUCCUCGUCCACAAAUCCAAAGAAUCGACCGGGUUAACCAGGCUGGCAACACUCAAUUUUGAUUUCAUUAUGUUUCAACUGAUAUAGAUUUAAAAAAAAAAACAACCAAUCAGAGCAAUUUUAUUGUAGCAAACUACUGUUUUUGUCUUCUGUCCAUCACCAGAUAAAGACCUGCCUCCAAAAGAUCUAAUUGGCCCGACGCAGCUUUGCAGGAACAUAAUCGGUUGCUAAAGGGCAGAGGAAGUUCAGUUCAGCCUCCAUGAUACUGAUCAUCCACACAAACCGUCCCAAUCUUUGCAUCCCACAAGAUUUAGAGGCAACUACUGGAAACAGCUGAGACUCUGUGGGAUAUAGACGGUGAAAGUCAUCAAUACAGACGUCUCCAUGUUGGUGAGACUCGGUAAACAAAGUGCGUGGACUGAAGUAGACGUGGAAAAUGGUGAAUUAUUGUGGUGUUUUUGUCUGAACCAACCGGACAGACUGUGGAAAACAUUUGGAGUUUUAUAGACUGUGAGAAGUUAUCAGAGGAAAGGAGGAGCUUUUGUUUGGCGAAGCUCAACCAGGAUCUACGAGGCUAAAGUCUGGACAACAUCGGCCCAUUUCUUCUCAGAUAAUGACAAGAAGUUAAAUGAUAAUAAUAUAGUUCAUACCAAGCUUCCACAUGUGACUUUUAUCUGAUUCCCUGCUGCAGAAGUGUUGAUCACUGCUAACAAAUCUUCUCUUGCAUUUAAAAAGACUUGAUUACAAGAAGGAACAAUGUCAGAAACUCUUCUGGUGCCAAUUGUUGAAACGUCUCGUCCAUCUCCAACAGUCUCCUUAUAUUCAGUUCAAUUCAGUUAUAUUUAUAUAGCGCCAAUAACAGUACAAAUUGUCUCAAGACGCUUCUCAUCCCCAAGAACCUCCCACAUCCAUAAACAAAGGAAACUUGUCUCCUUACGUCUUGAUCCUGUACGAGAAAUGACAAAUGACUUUUUAACCUUUAAACUUUGUACACAAACCCAAAAACAGGACGAGGGACAAGAAGAGAAAAACAAGAGGACCAUAUACUACAGAAGCAACACAGUUCUUUAAAUCUAGAGAAUUAAAAAUCGGUAUUGUAUUCUGGGUAAAAAAAAAAAAAAAAAGUCACCAGAUUGGGUGAAAUCAGCAAACUACAUUUCAAUUAACAGUUCAGAUGUUGUCCAGACUUUAGCCUCGUAGAUCCUGGUUUAGCUUCACAACACGGAGACUCCGUAUUCAUGACGAGCUGUGAAAACCCAAAAAUACAUUUUUAAAAUACCAAUGCAACAAAACAUUCUUACUUUAACCGCACCAAAAAAAACAAACACAUGAAUGACAGACCCGUCCUUUAAAGUCAGACGUGCAUUGAUGGAAGCUUUGACGUGUCCUGCCAGACUUUAAACCUCUAAAGCCAAAUUAACGAGGUCCCACAAAGUCAUUCAAGAGUCAUUUCUUUUCCCAGUUUCUUCAGUUUCUAAUUCAUGCGUUUACGUCCUUCAGCGACCACCAAUUUGUUCCUUUCUAAUACAUUUAAUGAUUCAUUCCAGCGCUCAUUUAAAAUAAAAACCAAAAACACAAAUCUAGUUGUUUCUGUUCAGAUGAUCCUCCAUCACGACAAAGAUUUACAGUUUCCUUCCGUUUCUUUUUCUUCCAACUAAACUUUUACGUUCUUUUGAAAGUGAAUCAUUUAAUUUAAGAGAAUAUGAAAAGAAUCUUGUUGUGUUGUGAAGUUUUUUUUUUUUUUUUGUUACAGCUAGAAUUUACUUUGGGAACAUAAAACGGAGAAAUUCAUCUUACUUAAAGAAAUGUAUUCCUUAACGAUUACUUCUCUUCCUUAAAAUACUCCAACAUGUUUUUCCAACUUACGUCUUUGUAUCUUUAAUAGAAAACUCAGUUUUAACAAACAAAGCUUCUUUUUUUUUCCGGAUCGUGUCUUGAUAACUCAUUAGAGUCUCUGUUAUUUUGUUUUUUUUGUUUUUGUGAAUCCGAUCUGAAGUUGUGUGUUUCACCGCUGUGUGUGUCGGUUGCUGCCUGUGCCUACUGUUUGCCAUAUCCACGUUUUAUGUGGAAACCUUUCUAAUAAAGUGUUUCAUCAUUACUCUGAA